AUGGCGCCCGGCAUGUCGCUCCACAGCGUCGUCGCCAUCUUGAUCCUUUCCACAGACACGGCUCCGGAUUCCUCUCGAUUGUUCGCAAAAUACUAUAGUGCACCUCAUACCUCAGCCACUCAGCCUACUCCUCCGCAACCGUAUCCCACGCUUAAAGAGCAGAAAGCUUUUGAAAAAGGGCUAUUGGAGAAGACCUCAAAGCAGACUUCCGAUGUGAUUCUCUACGACAACAAAGUGGUGGUGUUUAAAAUGGAAAGCGAUGUGAUGCUUUACGUGGUGGGAGGCGCGGAAGAGAACGAAAUUCUACUAUACAAUGUGGUGCUGGCGCUGAGGGACACAUUGGGUAUUUUGUUAAAGAACUCGACAGACAAGCGGACAAUCAUGGAGAACUAUGAUUUGGUAACUUUAGCAGUCGAUGAGAUUGUGGAUGACGGGAUUGUAUUGGAAACAGACCCAGUUAUGGUCGCCUCUCGAGUGUCCAAAGCCCCUGCACAAGAUGUGCCCAACAUGAAGAAUAUUGACCUUAGCGAGCAAGGAAUACAAAAUCUAUGGGAGUUUGGCAAGAAACAGGGCAUGGAAUUUGUCCGGAGAAAUUUAUGA